GAACCAGUUGAUUUGAGCUUACGAUCGCCGCGCGCGAGCACCUCGCAUGGCGGCUCCACCAGCUGCAAAUCCUCAUCGGCCACCAAGGCAGCUGGCUACAGCAAUGGCAAGCAGAGUGGAUCAUCCGGCUCGUCCUCGUCCUCCAACUUUGGAGCGGGCUCAGCUGGAUCCUCGUCGUUGGGGGCCUUUGCCCGCCAGCAGCAGCAGCAACAUCAGCAGCAGCAGCAGCUACAGCAGCAGCAGCAACAACUCUAUGCCUCCGGUGUGUCCAAGUUGCCAUUCUCGCCGUUCUUCGCGGCCUCGCCAUUCUUUUUCACCUAUCGAAGGAUCAGCGGAAGCGGAAGUGGUGGCAAGCAGGAGGACAACAACAACAGCUGCAGCUACAACAACGGAAGCAGUAGUGGUUCGGCCACAGGAUCUGCGGGGAGCAGCAUGCAGGACUACGACCGCAAGUUCUCGUUGUUGAGCCUGUUCAAAAAUCCCUACAAAUUCGGAGAUGGUCAGGCCACCAGGAAGUCCUCGCCCACGGGAGGAUCCAGCAAAUCCCUGGCUGGAUCGAGUUGCUCCAACUCCUCGCCCAGCUGGAAGAGCUAUGCCGGGUCGGGUUCACCCCAUGCCGCCCUAAAUCCCGCCUUCGGUGGCAUGGCUCUGGGGGCAACGCGCAAGGACAGCAGCAGCUUCAGUGGGAUUAAUUUCGGGGGCGGGGGCGGUGGCGCCUCCGCCUUCGGACGCUCCUCCUCCUCCGAUUCCACGGCCAACGGCGGCUACAAUGAUCUCUCCAAGAACCGCAAGGUACACAAGUGCGACACCGAAGGAUGCGACAAGGUCUACACCAAGAGUUCGCACCUCAAGGCGCACAAAAGAACGCACACAGGUGAGAAGCCGUACGUGUGCACGUGGGAGGGCUGCAUCUGGCGCUUCGCCCGGUCGGACGAGCUGACCCGGCACUACCGGAAGCACACGGGCGUGAAGCCCUUCCGGUGCCAGCUGUGCACCCGGAGCUUCAGCCGCUCGGACCACCUGUCGCUGCACAUGCGCCGCCACUGAGGAUUGGAACUGCCCAUCUGGCCCCGGCCAUACACACUCGUACUCGUACUCGUACUCACAUAUCCGAGAAUACUCAUCUGAGAUGCUGCGGGGAGGGGGAAUGGAGCAGCUCUUGAUUAUUUAUAUGCACUCGAACCACUUCCAUUGAUCAUUCUUACUGAGACCAGAUAUUCCAUAUCGCUUAAGUAGCUCAAUUUAGACCGUAAGCGGGCUCAAAGCCCAACUUAGAUAUAGUUCAACUAUAGUUAUAGGGCCGAAAGAUUUGUAAAAUUUUUCACAUUUACAGCCCAGAGACAAUUGCCUUCAGAAGCCAAGUUAACAAAGUGGAUUUUAACCUACUACACAUAGAAAUAUCUGCAUAGUUAAAUAUACAUAUACAUAUAUAUAUAUAUAUACAGAUAGUUUUGGAUUGGUGCUAGCAACUUGCGUGUACAUAGAUCUAGAUAAACAUUUACAACCUAGUGCGAUAAGAAGAAAUUUAACUAAUUUUAGAUCAAAUUUUUAUUGGUUAUUAAGUAGAAAAUUUUAUACAAACAAAAAAGAACUACAAAAGAGGCAAAAACAAAAGAAACCGGAAGAGCCAAGCAAAGCAAUAUUUAUAUAUAGAAAUUCUCUCAUCUGUAGGGUAUUUUAAACAUUUUGUACUAUACGCAUAUGAUGUGAUAGUGGAUGAGGAUUUUGUAGGGGUACGAUAAGGGAAUGUUUGUAUUUGAACAAUUUGAAAUGUAUGAAAAUUCCAUAUCUAUCGUUUUCUGUACUUGUUAUAAAACUAAAGCAGAAUAUUUCAUAAAAACUUGCAGCUUCAAUUUAGUGCCUUUAAAUGUUUAGGAUUCAGAUACAAACUACAUUAGAAAUUACUAAUAAAUUAUUUUCUUAUAGAGAAACCUACAAAAUACUGUUAAUUCUUACAUUUACAUUUUUUAAAACACCCUUUACAAUUAUAAGACGUUUUGGUGUAUUGACAAUAUUACAUUUAUUUAUAAUUUUCAUAUGCGUAAAACGCACAGUUAAUUCGAAGAAAUUACAGGAACUAUCUGUUAAAAAAUACUGUUUAAAUUGGUUAUUUUAUGUUCCAUCUUUUUUUUAUUUAGCCUAACUAUCUAUGUAUACACAGUAAGCUGCCUUAUAGCUACGGAACGCACUGCAUUCCCUGGCGAGCCCCAAAAGCAAUUUGCCUCAUACCAACUGUCAUCAUAGAUUUUAGCACACAUACACAUUCACACAAAAGCUAAAAAAAUUGUA